UAAGGAAAUUUUGAGGCACAAUUAGUUUGCCAUACAUGUUAAGAUAAUUUAAUGAUAAACAAUGCUAUUUAUGGUAUUGAUGUUAGUAUAUUGUCCGAUAGUGAUCCUAACAAGAUAUAUUUUGGAGUUUUGAGUUUUGGGAAGGGAAUAAUAUAUUUCGCACCCUGAAAUAGAAUAUAAUUCAUGGAGUUGCUAGAAGGUGCCAUAAUUCUGUGCUCCUACGAGAAUGGCUAAUAGGCCUGACAGCAAAGUACUAUAUUUGGAGCAAAAACAAACCAACAUGCAACUUCUAACAUCAAGAGACAUUAGUCAGGUUAGACACCAUAUUGAAUUAAACAUUUAUAAAAACGAGAGUUACAGUUUUUGCGAUGGCAUGCACUGUAUAAGUCCUAGAUCACGUAAUUUUUACAACUUCUGUGCAGUGUUUGUUGACAUUCCGUUUACUUGUUAAACAAUACUACAUUCCAUUGAACGCACUGUAUUUCUAUCGCUCACUGUCUCGUUUUCAUUCCUGUCAAAAAUUAAAUAUGGCACUACCCUGACUUAAGUCUACGUUGGCGGCAAAAUCAUGCUCUGGCGCACUUUUUGACAAGAGGAACUGGGUAGCUUGUACUCAACACGUGGAUAAUUGAUCUGCCAAACUGAUGUGUGGCAAUUCAAAUUUGCCAAAGCCUAUGUACUAAAGCACUGAAUAUUUGAGAACCCAAAUGUACUUCAUAUUUCCCCAGGUGUUCACUAUGCUCACCAGCUUUGUGGAUGGAAUAUUCUGUUGCUUUACAGGGAAGUCUACUAACGUUGUGGUCCCUAUUGAGUCUUCCGAGCCCACCGAUGGUUUUGAAUUUGUUGAGGUAAAGCCAGGAAGGGUUCUGAGAGUUCGGCAUAUUACCCCAGACAGACCAGUGGUUGAGGAGCCAGGGACUGGGGAAGGGGGUACGGUCAGCUGCAAGCGCAAAAUCUCAGUGUAUAGAAAUGGACAGCUUCUGAUCGAGAACGUCAGUGAAGCCACCCAUCCAGAAUUGGUCCGCUAUCAGAAUGGAGACAGCACUGUGGAUACGGAUGUUUCCAAUUGUGAGGCUCCCCCAGCAGCUCAGGCUUCUGAACACACACCGGGGUCGGCAACCACAGGACAGGCUAUGGAUAGCAAACCUGCACCUCAGCAGAAUCUGCAGCAAGUGCAGCGCAGACGGCGCAAACCCAAAUGCUCCAUUGACUGUGAGCGGAAGAUCACAUGCUGCAAAGGUACUCACCCUGAUGUGGCCUUGUUUUUCAUUCAUGGAGUUGGGGGGUCGUUGGAUAUCUGGGGAAGCCAACUGGACUAUUUCUCCCAACUUGGUUACGAGGUCAUUGCCCCAGACUUGGCUGGCCAUGGUGCAAGUUCAGCUCCUCAGAUUCCCACUGCCUAUACCUUUUACACUUUGGCUGAGGACGUUAGGAUCAUCUUCAAGCGAUAUGCAAAGAAGCGUAAUAUUUUAGUAGGACACUCUUAUGGUGUCUCGUUUUGUACCUUCUUGGCUCAUGAGUAUCCGGAACAAGUUCAUAAAGUUGUGAUGAUUAACGGUGGAGGUCCUACAGCACUCGAGCCCAGUCUCUGCUCUGUCGUCAACUUGCCCACGUGUGUCCUUAAUUUCCUGUCCCCGUGCCUCACCUGGAGCUUUCUCAUGGCUGGAUUUGCCCAUCAGGGAACGAGAGAAAAGAAACUACUAAAAGAGAAUAAUGCCUUCAACGUGUCUUCCUUCGUUUUACGGUCCAUACCAAAUGGUGAAACAAAAAAUUAA